CAUAUUAUCUCUUAAAAUUGUAGACGCACAACUAAUAUUCGACCAGAGGGCGUACGCAAUGUAUUUCAAUAGUUAUAGGUGAUCGAAGUACUGCGUCCUCAAACAACCUUUCUCGCCAAUAGCUGUGUCAUUCUGUGUCACUGCUUGUCACUGUGCAUAUAUUUAUUUGUUCACACAUUUCCUUAGGAAAACAUCAACAUGAAACCCGGGCUACGAGUCGUCCGUGGACCGGACUGGAGGUACGGCGACCAGGAUGGCGGUGAAGGUCACGUCGGCACAGUGGUAGAAAUCGGCGGGCAGCGGGGAUCCGAAACUCCAGAGAAGUGUGUGGCUGUGACCUGGGACUCAGGGGUCAGGAAAACCUACAGGGCAGGUCACCAGAACGCUUAUGAUCUGUUAGCAUUUGAUAAUGGCCAAUGUGGUGAGUUAUUUUUUUAA